AAGAAGAACAUUCUCAAUCCUCUUCAAUGGAGAAUAGUUUUCUCUAGCCAAAAGCUCGCUGUCCUUGUUAAUAUAAUAACAGCAAGGUCCUCAAAUUGCCAAGCGAGAAAGUCACUAAAGUGGCAAAAUUAUCACGACGGUGUAUCCUGCAACCUGACUGUGAGAGGAGAUGCCAGCAUUAGAGGAGUCUCAGGGUGUCAACAAAGUUGUGGACAGCAUCUGUAAACUUUCUCCAGAUCUGUUGGCGGAAACAUGUCGCCAUAUUCUGUUUUACCUUCAAGGGCAAACUAAAGGAGUAGACUCAGCUGAAAUUUCUGAUGAAUUCCAGAGAGCUGGAGUCAGAUGUGACCAUGAGGCUCUGCAGAACAUUAUCAGAUUUCUCUUGUUAACAUUCAGGUCUGCUGGGAAGAGUAACCUCUCUGGGGACGACCUUGUGAAGAGGCUGGAAGAAGGCAGCAGUAAAUGGCCCAAAGCUUCCCUUCAGGUGUUGCACAGGUUGUGGAGUGAACACGGUGCAUCAGUCCGUGCUCAGCAGGAGGUCGAGUCAGCGCUUAGCAUCGGUCAGUUAGUGGACAUGCAGUGGAAGCUCGGCAUGGCAGUGAGCUCCGACACCUGCCGCUCUCUCAACUCCCCAUACGUGUCUCUUCUGUUAAAAAUCGUUGAACCCUCUGGACAGAUCUGUCAGAAGUCUUUUGAAAUGACCAUUCCUCAGUUCCAGAACUUCCACAAGCAGUUCAAGGAGAUGGCAGCUGUUAUGGAGACUGUGUGAUGGAUGCAAGCACACAUCGGAGCUUAGGAGCUGGUUGAAAUGACAACCCAGUUUACAUUAAACCAUUGGUAGAACAGCUUGGCACAGGUGUGUGUCUUCUGUCUCAUAUUGUGGAUAAAUAUUAGGGCAAAUGUCUGCUUUGCACUUUAAAUGUUUUGUAUAUUACUUAAGCUUCUACAUUAUUUAUCAUUAGGAAGUCCAGCUGUUUAAAAUAGUAAAAUAAAUGCUUGUCAUCACUUUUUUUCAUUGCAAAGACGUAAGUUUACUUUCUCCCAUUAACUAAUGUACAAUGAAUGCUAAUGCAGUCUAAUACACGUCAAUCUGUAAUACUAUAUAUACUGUAAUAUGAUUUUUUUUGUUCUGGUCAAGAGAGGUACUGUUAAACUGUAUUGCAAUAUACAGAGAGAUGCAAUACAAUUCAACAGCAACACAAAUUACAUCCUCCAAAAUGACCAAAUAGUUACAUCAACACCCCUCUAAUACAGAAGAAAAACAUAUAUACCAUAUAACCUAUGCGAAUGUAGGAUGCCUUUGCAGGAUUGUUGUAUCAAUAAGUGUUGUAUUUUUAUUUUUAACUAGGUGUACCUAAUAAACUUGCCACUAAGUGCAUAUCUACACUGAUAAUACUGCAAACCCUGUCAAACAAACAAUAUGAAUAGUGUGCCUCUUUUUUACAUAAUGGUUAACAAUGAUAUGGUUUUCCGUUUGGUUUUGUUCUUUUAGACUGCACAGAAUUUAAUUACAUUUCCAUAGUGAUACAAUGAUUUUUUUUUCUUUGCCAUAUUGCUGUAUUGUUUACCUGAGGUUAGAGAUUGGUGGAUAUGUACUGUAUAGUUUUACUUGUUGGCUAUUUCUGUUUGGAAGGGAAAUCAUCCACGUGACAUUUUUACAGGGCUUUUUCUAUAUAUCUAAAUUAUGAAAACUUACUUUGUUGUGUUAUUUUCUUGGUAAUGCUGAAAUGGCUAUUGUUCGUUACCGUGGAAACCUUUGCUUUUUUUGUUCUGUGGUUAGUCCUCUCUUCAUGCCAAACAACAACAAUGAAAACAACGAUUAAAUGUAAUCAUUCAUUG